GGUACAUAGUAUUAUUAAAGGAAUCAGCUGCAAAUAUUUUAAGAAAUUGAUGAGGUGCCCAUUCUGCGUUUGACUUUGAAUUGGCAGUGCUAACAUCUGCUUUCUUCUCAAUGAAGCAACUAUGCAGGCGGAAGGAGAGGCUUAGCUUGCGACUCAAUGAGCAUGAGCAACCGUCCAACAAUAGCUAGCUUGAUCCAACUCCCCCCUUCUACCAUUUCUCACCAGGAGCAGAGCCGCCGCUUGUCUACAUCAAGGCUGGUUCUUCUUUCUUGUGAGUCGGAUUGUGUAUACUACAUUGUCCUGGGCUCCUAGCUUGCAAGAAUCUGAGUAAGGAAUCAUGUGUGCCCUACUACAAUAUAUGUGCUCUUAAUUAAACACUCUGCUGUAUCGUUCAUGUAGCUUAUCGUCGUUAUGGAGAAAGCUCUUUGAACAUGCAGCUCUGAAAACUCAAUCGAAACCCAAGAAAAGGAGCUUCGUUGUUCAAAUUUCUUACUGACAAGGGGAUGGAUAGAAAAGGAGGAAUAUGGAAUGGGCCAGGUGGCUAUGACAGGGGAUGGACAGGUCUUUAAGGCAAAGCCUGAUGCGAGCCAAAUUGGCUGGUCUUCCCACAUUACAAGUAAACGAAGCAACCAUAAGGUGUGAGCAAGCAUCCAGCGAGCUAGUUUGUGCAGCCAAGCUAAAUCUCCUUCCGCUUCCCAGCGAGAACAAGCCCACCAGCGAGAGAAGAGCAUUAAAUAGGAGGGCAGAACUCACACAGCACAACAAGGCUCACAAAACACCAAAGCAGGAAUACUUGAGUCAAAGUCAGAACCCAUAGGUUUGGACACUAUGGGCACCAUUCUGGAUGCUCUCACUUCGAAAUUUUUGACAAAGCUGGUUCAACUUAUUGAAAAUGAGGUUGUAAUGAUGCUAAGCAUCAAAAAGGAUAUCAAGAGGCUGAAGAAAAAUCUGGAACACUUCAGCGCUGUUCGUGAGGAUGCCGAAGCUCUGGCCAUGGAAGAUAGACGGAUAGAGGCAUGGUGGAAGAACAUGAGCGAUGUUAUGUUUGAUGUUGAUGUCAUCAUAGAUCUUGUUAUGGUUCAUUCACAGAAGCUUUUGCUACCAGCUAGAUCGGUAUGUUGCAAUCAGUCUAUGGUAUCUUGUUUGGGAAAGCUUUCAUUUGACCCCAAGGUGGCUAGAAGAAUUAAGGACAUAAAUGAUAAGCUUGAUGAGAUUAAAAUGAACACAGAGAUGUUCAACCUGGGUAGAACAAGUUGUCAACAAUUUCAAGUAUCAAUUGUGGAUAGAAAUAAGACAUCUCCUGUUGAUGAACUAGAGGUUGUCGGAAAACAGAUCAAACAGUCCGUUGAUGACAUGGUACAAAUUAUUGUCAGUAGGUUCCACGAGAAUAGGUCAAGCGUUUUGGGGAUCCAAGGGAUGGGAGGCAUCGGUAAGACGACACUAGCUCAGAAGAUAUAUAAUGAGCAGGUGAUAAGAGAGGUAUUCCAAGUUCAUAUAUGGUUAUGCAUUUCUCAGAGCUAUACAGAGACCGGGUUGUUAAAGCAGGCAAUACGAAUGGCUGGAGAAAAGUGUGAUCAAUUAGAGACCAAAACCGAGCUUCUGCCACUUUUACUGGACACUAUCAAAGGAAAGAGUGUAUUUCUUGUGCUGGAUGAUGUGUGGAAAUCUGAUGUCUGGAUUGAUCUUCUUCGAUCGCCUUUCAUGAGAGCCUCGAAUUGCCAUGUCCUUGUCACCACAAGAAACCAUGAUGUUUUGGCAGAAAUGCAUGCAACACAUACUCACCAAGUAAACACAAUGAAUUAUGAUGAUGGCUUAGAGCUGCUUAUGAAGAAGUCCUUUCAGCCUUACGAGCAAAUAAGUGAACUCAAGAAAGUUGGGUAUGAAAUUGUAAAGAAAUGUGAUGGUCUUCCUCUUGCUAUCAAGGUUGUUGCAGGUGUCCUAUCUACCAAAAGAACAACUCCGGAAUGGAAGAACAUCCGAGAUAGCAAAUGGUCCAUUCAUGGACUCCCAGAGGAACUCGCAGGCUCCCUGUAUUUAAGUUACAGCAACUUACCCCCUGAACUUAAACAGUGCUUUCUCUGGUGUGCAUUGCUGCCUCCUAAUUUUGAAAUCCGUCGUGAUGCUGUAUCUUCCUGGUGGGUGGCCGAAGGUUUUGUGAGGAAAGAGCAUGAGUUAUCAAUGCAUGAAAUUGCUGAAGAGUAUUACCUUGAGCUAGUUAGGAGGAAUCUUCUUCAACCAAUACCAGUGUUCGUGGACAAGGGUGUGUCAACGAUGCACGGUCUAUUGAGGUCACUUGGACAAUUUCUAACAAAGGACCACUCCCUUUUCAUGAAUGUACAAAGUAAUGGUGCCAUGUCAAAUCUGCGCCGCUUAGGUAUCAGUGACGCUGUAGAAGAAAUACCCUCUCUAGAAGAGCACAAGUGCUUGAGGAGCCUCCUACUUUUUAAUAACAAGAACUUCAAGUCAGUUGACAAGGACAUUUUCAGAAAGCUUCAGCAUAUCCGUGUCUUAGUUCUCAGUCGAACAAGCAUCCAAAACAUACCAGAGUCACUGGGAAGAUUGGUGCUAUUAAGGUUGUUAGAUCUGAGCUAUACGGAAAUUAACAAACUUCCAGAUUCCACAGGUAGCCUCAUCAGCCUUGAAUACCUCUCGUUGCUUGGUUGCCGCCAAUUGGAUAGCCUACCAGCAGGUCUGAUGAGACUGUCUAAACUAAGUUUUUUGUGGCUAGAACAUACUGCAAUUGAUCAUGUUCCAAAAGGCAUUGCAAAGUUUCAGCAGCUCUACGGCCUAAAAGGAGUUUUCGAGAGUGGAACUGGAUUCAAAUUAGAUGAGUUGCGAUGCCUUCCCAAUAUCCAACGUCUGUGGAUCGAGAAGCUAGAGAAAGCUGCACCAGGAGGUGAUCUUGUACUUAAGGACAGCCAUAAUCUUAAAGAACUGGGACUGUGCUGCACAGUGGCUAGUACUCAAGAGAUAAUUCGGUACCAGAUUGAUGAGGUUGAGAGAAUUCAGCAAGUUUAUGAUAUGCUUAUUCCAUCACCAAGCCUAGAAUAUAUUUUUGUUGUUGCGUUCCCUGGUACAAUGUUCCCAGGAUGGCUAGGUUCAAAACCAGAGCUUACUAUGCCCAAUUUGGGUCAUAUGCACCUGAAUGUGUGCAUAUCAUGUUUAGAGCUUCCACCCGCAGGCCAGAUGCCACACCUACAAGUUUUUCAGAUUGAAGGUGCAGAUUCUGUAGAGAGCAUUGGCACAGAAUUCCUGGGUAGAGGAGUCGGAAGUCCAGCAGUCUUUUUCCCAGAGCUUGAACUACUUCACAUCACUCGCAUGUGCAGUUUGAAAAGUUGGUCCCUCGACACUGGGAAUCCCUGUGAUAUUAUGGAGGGCAAUCUUCCAGAGUCUCUGAUGCCUAAACUUAAGCGGCUGCUACUCGUAUUCAGACAACGGGAGGUGUCUGUUGGUUGAAUUCUGGAGUGUGAUGUCAUUGUUCUUUCCAUCGCUUAGAAUUCUGGAGUGUGAUGUUAUUGUUCUUUCCAUCGCUUAUUUCCUACUCCCUCCGUUCUCUUUUAAUUAACUCAAAUUUAGUAUAAAUUUAUACUAAAUUCGAGUCAAUUAAAAAAGAACGGAGGGAGUAUGUGCCUGUUCAUUUGGGGUUCAGGUUAGUAUUCACUUGGGCUGCCUACAGAGGAUAGAUAAGGUAGUCAGCAAAAAAUGGCAUGGUAAACUUGAAGCUGAUGCUAGCCAGUUGCAAUUGCUGCAUUUUUAUUCCAUCAGCAAGUUGUGUUCGGAAGGAUGAUCAAUUGAUUUUCAAUUCAUUUAUCACUUAA